UCGGUUGCUCAAUUUCUAGCUAGUGGCGAAGCGUCGUUGUUCCGUCGUCACAUUUUAAAGUAGAUUUUUGUCUUCUACGGUUUAUAUUUGGAUUAAAACUACCAAGUUUUCAAGAUGGGGGGCGGUGAUCUGAACCUGAAAAAGAGCUGGCAUCCCCAGACUAUGAAAAAUAUUGAGCGGGUCUGGAAAGCCGAGCAGAAACAUGAGGCCGAACGCAAGAAGAUUGAGGAGCUGCAGAAACAGCUGAAAGAUGAACGAGCCAGAGAAGAAAUUACAAGAUAUGCAGAGGACUCUGGAGCCAUCAAAAAAAAGGAUGAUCGUCUGGACUGGAUGUACCAGGGCCCUGUUAGUAGUGUGUCCAGGGACGAGUAUCUGCUUGGACGUUCCAUUGACAAGCAGAUCACUGACCAAUAUGAGGAGCCAGAGAGCGGUCCAUCAGCUGAGACCGGUCUCCUACCCGGUUCCAUCUUCAACCCAGCAACCCCGGCCUCCAAUCUGGACCUGGCUGCCAAGAUCAGGGAAGACCCACUCUUUGAAAUCAGGAAACGUGAAGAAGAAAAGAAGAGGGAAGUCUUGAGUAACCCUGUGAAGAUGAAGAAGAUCAAGGAAAUGCUGCGCCAGAAUCUUGACAAGAAAGAAAAGAAAAAGAAGAGGAAGAAGGACAAAAAGGAAAAGAAAGACAAAGAGAGGAGAAAGGAGAAGAAACACAAGAGACGGAGUUCAAGCUCAAGCUCUAAUGAGGAAGAUGAGAAAAAACACAGGUCACAUUCACGAGAUGACUUUUCAGCAGACAUCAAGUCUCGUCCCCAUCAUCUACUCGGCUACGGCCUACAGCUCCCCACUGGUCGACAUCACCAGUUGUCGGCUGCCCCCAGUCAAUCAUUGCACCGUGAAAGGAGCCGUUCUCGAUCACCUCGCAAGAACCACAGGGACAAUCAUCAUUCCUCCUCUUCCAGGCACAAGAGCGACAGGAAGGCUGAGCCCAGAGACUCCAGCCCACAGACGAAGCGUUACCAGAGACAGACGAACCACGUGUCUAAGAAGCUUUCAGCAGAAGAACUGGAGCGAAAGAGACGGGAUAUGAUGGACGAGGCCAAGCAGAGGGAGGAGGACAGAGAGAACAAUGUGAGGAGAUAUAAGAGGCAAGAGGAGCAGGAAAGGCAGCGGGACCAAAGUGCUAAACACGAGCCUCACGCUGGCUUCAUACAUAACAUGAAGUUGGAGAGUGCAGCCAGCUCUUCUUUGGAGGACAGAGUGAAGAGGAAAAUCCACUCCAUUCAGAGAACACCGGCCGCCUUGGACAACUUCAUGAAGAGAUGACAACACAACACAUUUACCAUUCUAAACAUGAACUAAAUUAAACAUAUUUACCGCUUCAUUCUCAACACGAGGGUCGCGGCGCAGGAGUUGGAGCCAAUCCCAAGGUGGGGUCACACCCUGGAAAGGUCGCCAGUCCAUCGCCCGUCUCACAUACAGAGACAACCACAGCUAUGGUCAAUUUAGAGUGUUCAAUGAAGCUCUGCACGUGGGAGUGCCCAGAGAUAUUCCACAGUGUGUGUGUGGAAUAUCUCUGGGCACUCCCACUCCCACAGGGAGAACAUGAAAACUCCACACACAAACAGCCUUGGUUAAACCAGGCACCUUCUUGCUGUGAGACAAUAGUGCUUACCACUACUCCACAGUGAUGGAUGGAGUGGUGAGACGCUGUCUCAGUUCUGAGAAUUUGUUUAAUUAGGAGCAUUUGUCUAUGAGCAGCAUCAUUAAAUAAAUUAAAGGACAGAUUUUGAUGUAAAUUCCUUGCAAUGCAAUUUGUGGCCCAGGAAUGAUUUAUUACAUUUUGGUGGUGAUCCAGAUAUGGAUCUGUUUUUUAGGAUUUUUUUUUAAUUAGGAGUUAUAAACCUUGCGAGAUUUGGGAGUGUUUUGAGACUCUGGGGAACGGAGUGGCCUCUGUGAAAGUUUGAAAAGCAGAUUACGCAAGGAUAACGUAAUGCUAACACACGUGUGUCGUGUCUGUUUGGCUGAUCAAGUCUGGCUGCACCUGAGCAGCACAGGAACUCUGGGUGAUAAAAGAAAUCUGUACAGACAACUGUUUUUUUUAUCUUUUACAGUAAAAUAGCACCUGAUUUCAUUUCAGAGUUUUUUGUAAUAUAUGUUUGAUACUUGGUGUAUUUCUGUGAGAAUCAACUGGAUUAAAAAGUGCAGUCCA